AGGACCUGGGCUUACCCCGGAUGAAGACAGCCCAGGCUAGGCAGGUCCUGCUCUCGCUCUGGUGCGGUCUGCUCCAUGCUCAGAACAGCUGGCGGGCACCCUGGCCUGGGCGGUGCCGGGCACCCUGGCCUGGGCGGUGCCCGGGGACGUUUGCCGAGUGAGUGAGGUCUCGGGCAUCCUGUCCCGGCCCCUCUGCUGCAGCCACCCCCCACCCCAUGCCUUCACCGCCCUCCCUGUCUCUCCUGCCCAGGACCUCCCACUCCCGGGCCAAGGCCGAGGCGGCCCUCACCGCGGCUCAGAAGGCCCAGGAGGAAGCGCGCAUCGCCAGGAUCACUGCCAAAGAGUUCUCCCCUUCCUUCCAGCACAGGGAAAACGGGCUCGAGUACCAGCGGCCGAAGCGGCAGCGUUCCAGUGACGACAUCGAGGUCAUCUCCGCCGGGACACCCUUACAGCAGGAGAGCCCAGAGCUGUACCGCAAGGGCACCACCCCCGACGACAGCCCCCUGCAGAGCUUCCCCGCCAGCCCCACGGCCACCCCUCCACCGGCCCCCGCCUCGAGGAACAAGGUGGCCCACUUCUCCCGGCAGGUCUCGGUGGACGAGGAGCGGGGUGGGGACAUCCAGAUGCUCCUGGAGGGCCGGGGAGGGGACUGCGCCCGGAACAGCUGGGGAGAGGAGAAGGCCGGGGGCUCCAGGGGCGUCCGCAGCGGCGCCCUCCGCAGUGGCCAGCCCGCGGAAGCCUUCCGGGGAGCACCAAGCUGCUGGAGCUGGACGAGGAGAAGCUGA